CGGGCAAAUAGAAGCCUGCCGUCCUGCAGUGCACAGACAAUUCUUUCCAGAAGGCAGAAAGCAAUGCUCAAUCUACUGACAAGCAAGAAAACAGACCGACAAGAAGUCAGGAAAUAUCCUCACAGCAACAGACAACAACACCCCCAGUGGGUCUUCUAAAGCUAACUUUAACUCUCAUGGGUGUGAUUGCUUUUUUUAAUUCACAUUCAACCGCCUCUGUUGUUGGCAGUAAAGACCUGCAGAUGAACUCAACUACAGGCUUAGUUUUCAAUCCUGCGUCUGUCUCAACAAACUGACCAAAGGUGUUUUUUUGACAGAGCUGCAGGUGGUUUGCGUUUACGUUGCUGGUGGACAAGAUCUUUUUUUUUUACCGUGUGGUGACCUGUGGCAUCUUUUGAGCCAGUAUGUUGUCUAUUGUUGUGGCAUGUUUGGUUUUCUUCCUGCUGGGCUCAGGGCAGGCUCAGGUGGCCACACAGACCCGGCAGCGGAGCCAGAGUCAGGGCCAGGGGCAGGACAGCUCUGCAACCCCAUGGAGGCAGGUUAUACAAUGGGAGAAUAAUGGGCGGCUGUUUAGCCUGCUGAAUAGUGGGGCUGAAUAUGUCCCUGCUGGAGCGGGGGCCCAGGACGGAGGUCCCAGGGUAGUUGUGGCAGACGCUCGUUCUUCACAAAGACCUCAGGGGAACAAUGUCCGGCGACAGGCCCCACCAAGAGGAUCCUCUGACACUGUCCGUGGGCAGGCACGGCAUCCCUUUGGAUUUGGGCAAGUACCUGACAACUGGAGACAAACUGCUGGCAGCACAGGGGGUACCCAGUUCCAAGGAUCUUCAAGCUCUCGCUUCAGGCCGUCCACAGGAUCUUCAUCUUCGUCAUCAUCUUCAUCAUCCUCAUCAUCCUCUUAUAACAUACCAUCUUACCCACAGAACCCAUUUCCGCAGCAGACUCCCUUUCAAGCAAUACCGUAUGACCCUGGUUAUUUAGCAGGGCCAGUCAGGAGCUAUGAGCCACCUUUUCAGCCUGUUGCCGGAGGAGGAUAUGCCAGCAGGACAUAUGGCGGUGGAGGGCAUGGUGCGGGGCAGGGGUAUACUGGUGGAGUGUAUGGAGAUCUGAACCCAGUGCUCCCAGCUUCUCCCUUUGAUUUUAGUGACGAUGGCUACCGUUAUCACCAGUCUUAUGGCUUUGCACCCAAUCCUGAAGUACCUGAACGUGCUGCCCAACCACCAUUUGCUGAUGGUCUGGACCACAGAUACACCCACAGUAUUUUCAACGGCGAGACCGCUCCUGCUGUCCAUGCACCUGAUGCUAACCAGGCAGCUCCGGUUGUAGUAGACAGAACUGGAAGAGCUGGUCAACCACAAGAAAGGAGCCCUCAGCAUGAGCAGUUUCCUCCAUUUGGAAGACCUCAGCCUCCUUACCUGCAGCCCGUUCCUCCAGGCAGAAGUUCUCCAAACUCUGGCCUUGAGAAUCCAAGCAUGAAUGUCGGCAGUGUGUACAGACCACAACAGAGAGGUUUGCCCGACCUGGUUCCUGAUCCUAACUAUGUCCAGGCUUCCACAUAUAUCCAGAGAGCCCACAUGUACUCUCUCCGCUGUGCUGCUGAAGAAAAAUGUCUUUCAAGCUCCGCCUAUGGCCCUGAUGUCACAGACUACGAUGUAAGGGUCUUGCUGCGAUUCCCCCAGAGGGUGAAGAACAGGGGGACCGCCGACUUCAUGCCCAACAGGCCACGUCAGACCUGGGAGUGGCACAGCUGUCACCAGCACUACCACAGUAUGGAUGAGUUCAGCCACUAUGAUUUACUGGAGGUCAGCACUGGCCGUAAAGUAGCUGAGGGGCACAAGGCUAGCUUCUGUCUGGAGGACACCACUUGUGACUUUGGCCAUCUGAAGCGCUACGCCUGUACCACUCACACUCAGGGUCUGAGCCCAGGCUGCUACGAUACGUACAAUGCCGAUAUCGACUGCCAAUGGAUCGAUAUCACGGACAUCCAGCCUGGAAGAUACAUACUAAAGCUCCAGGUUAAUCCCAAAUUCUUGGUGCUGGAAUCAGACUUCACCAACAAUGUGGUCAGGUGUAACAUACACUACACGGGACGGUUUGUUACCACAAACAACUGCAAGAUAACACAGUCUUGAUCAGUCACUGGAAGACUACAACACUAAAGAGACCCUGAUUGCUAUUCCAUUGAAAUGUGAAUGGAAUCCUUUUAUUGUCGGUGCAUUGUUGUUCGUCUUAAAUAUUUUGUAGUGUCUCAGUAUCCUGGUUGCCUAUAGCAAACAAUCUUUCCACAGGCACUGAAAAUAAUGUGGAGGUUUCAAGUGGACAUGCACACACAUACAGUGUUAUAUAACACAUCAUUUCCUCUUGAAAUCCCAAUAAUGAUCAAAUUACAUUCUUUUAAUGUACGUACCUCACAAGAUUGUCGUACCAACUAUAUUUCUCAUGUUGCAUCUCUACCAGUCUGUUUUGGUUGGUGUUGGAAUACAAAGGUGUAUUACUGUAUCUGCACAUGUGGCCGUGAUUGAAUUAUAAAUAAAGUGUGAAAUGGUGGUGGUGCUGAAAUAAGUCAGGGUUCAGCUGCGAUCCAACAAAUAAAAUUAGGGGACAGAGUCUUCCCAGAUGCAUUCAUCCAUGCCUUAUGGGGACAGACAGAGAUUUCCCCUGUGACUCAGAAGAACUAUAAUGUGUGUUAGUAUUUCUUUUCUUUUUUUUCCACCACCUCAGUGGGUCACGCUGGGUUACUGUGAGCACAUCCAGUCUCAUGUUGUGUUAACAGCAAGAGGAAGACAGCAGGGCAUAUUUGCAUUUGUCGAGUCCAUCAAAUUUGAAGGCAACAGAGCUUUUAAUACUUGUUGCUGUCUUCCUCUAAAUCCUUUAUUAUUAUGUUUUUUUGCCCUCUCGUGACCUUUAUGUGGGUAAAAUAUGAACAGGAAGCUCAGCAGAAAACCUGACUCACACUAUGUAAGCUGUAUAUUAACACUGUUUGGGGUCUCCUCUUCAACUACCAACACUGGUCAGAUGCAACACAGGUCAUCUAUACCAUUUGGAGAAUGUGGAUACAAAUAUUCAAGUGAUGCAUAACUUUAAUAAUGGAGAGUAUUUUACCGUAGGUAAUUUUACUAUGUUUAUCCAGUUUGAUCUGUUACUGUAAUUUGUUAAAUUUAGCUUGUUUUUUUGUUUUCUUUGAUAUGGUAUUAAUUAUUCAAAUCAUUGUCAGAAAAAGACACUAUGGCUACAGAAAUAAGCAUCAUAACCGAGAGCAUUAGAAAGCCAUCUCUACCUCUCCAACUGAGUGAGCUUUUACCUGUUAAGGGUUUGGUUUCCAAAUGUUAAUCCCUGCAAUGGUUCUCGAUAGUCACCUACCACUGUGUUGAAUCACAAAGCUAAAGAAUUAUUCCAUUGAACAUAUCAAAGAUCAUAUAGUGUUGACAUGUGAACAAUCAGGGAGUAAUAUUCCAACACUUAAAGUAACAAUCCUUAAGAUCUCACAUCUGUGGUUACAGAUAGGAACAGCAAAUGUGGUGUGAUGCUUAAUCAAACGCUCCUUGAGUAGCGACUUUGUAAGUAGCAGUACAGCAACGUGUUUAUCUGUUUACAAACCAAACAUUCCAGAGUUUUAUUAAAGAAGUCAGUCAAUAAUUGGACUCCCUCCAUCACGCCAUGAGCAACUGUGAUGUGAUUUUCUAGUUUUCCACUCAACAGCGGGGCACAGAAACAGAAGUGGUUAUCUUGCUGAAAGGUUGGAGUUGUAUAGUCAUGUUACAUGCAGCUCCUCAUCAACUGCUCACUGUGACUUACUUCUCAUUCCAUCAAUGCCGGCAACAUUUAAAACAGAUCCGCUGCAAACUUGCUGACAUUGUAGUUUACACUAUCAGUGGGGAGAAAAGAAUUUCUAGGACUGCUUUUUCCAAUUAAAGCCCCCCCCCAUUUUGUAGACCAGCAGCCAGGACAUAUUUGUGUGCAUUAAUGCAGUUGAAUAACAAUUUAUAUUACAGGGAAGAUGGUUUGAGUUGUUCUCUUUUUUUUAGUUCUUGAGUUCUUCCAAUGCAUAAUACACCUGGUCUUUGGUAUUCAAGUCAUUAUCUAAAUUAACUGUAAAUGAUCAUACUAUAUGCUCAUUGACGAAAUGCAACACAUGUGUUUCUGAGAUUCAGUGGAAUGACACAACAAGUGUGGGUGACACCAAAAUGGCAUCUGUGGCAUCUUCAAAAAUGUCUUACAUACAAUAAAUGUAUUUACAGAUC